AGUCCUUCAAACCUCUUUGAAGAUGUACCUGCUUAUGAUCCUCUGUGGCGUUUGUAAGUAUCUUAAUAUAUGUAACAAAUGAUAUGGAUUAAAACUAAAAGUGUAACAUUGGCUUGUUUCCUUUCUAUCUUUUUGACCCAGUUUAUCUGUCAGCAGUGGCCCAAUUGGCAGUCAAACAGGACACUGGGAUUGUAUUUGCCACUGCUGGGGACAAUGUGACUUUGAGAUGUUUCUAUGACAGCCAAGUGGCAAUGCACUUCUCCUGGUACCGACAAACUCUUGGAGGUGGUCCUGAGCUUCUGUCUACUGUUUACAAAUACGAUGAACCAUCAAAAGUUUCCCCCUGGAUGGAGAAGAACCCGCGUUUCUCUCUGCUGAGGAUGAGAGGGUGUAAUCAUUUACACAUCACCGAUGUCCAACCGUCUGAUUCAGCCUCAUACUUCUGCGGGAGUUCACACUCAAAUGUUGUGGAAUUUGGAGAAGGAAUUUUCUUAAGUGUCAGAGGUAUUGUGAUUUUCUAUUUCUAUAUUUUGUGUCCAUAGAUCUCGUGAGGAAGCUGCCAAAGAGUGGGCUUGUCCUUCAAUCGCCCAGACCGUUCGUAAACACCAUUUUUUCUUUGACAGUUAUCAAUUUGAAUUUUACUUGAUUUCAUAAACUUUAAAGAAAAUCUCACAGGAGCUUUAAGGAAAAUGUAAAGAAAGAUCGUCAGGAGACUUUGGCAGCUAUCAUCUGUUUGUAGCUGUUAUGGCAUUAAAAAAUAACUGCAUAUAUGUCUUGGUUUUCAUACAGAUACAGCUGUCUCACUUUUUGUUUUCUGGUCUAUGGCUGGUAGUUCCACCUGUUAUAUGAUUUGUCAUCAGCCUCAUAAACUAAUCCAUCUUGUUUCAAAUGGUCUUUUUUGUUGGAAUCAGUAGUUGAGGCACCAGUAUUACUUUAAGACUGCCACAAAACCAGAUAAUAAGUCUGUAGAAAAGCCUUAAAGCUAAGUGUAACAAAUGUUUUUGUAGGUGCCAGCCUGAAAGAUGUAGACCAAGGACCAGUAUCUAAGAGCUUCAGGUCAGGCGGCUCGGUGACUCUGAACUGCACUGUACACACUGGGACUGGGACCUGUGAUGGAGAACACAAUGUUUACUGGUUCAGACAGGGAUUUAAAAAAGGAGUCCUUCACACACAGAAGGAUGGGUGUAAACAAGUCCCUGCAGCAGGACCCUCCUCAAAGAGCUGUGUCUACCAUUUACAGAAGUCAAACCUGAACUCCUCUGACGCUGGAACCUACUUCUGUGCUGUGGCCUCCUGCGGGGAGAUACUGUUCGGUAAUGGGAGCACUCUUCUGGUCACAGAUGGUGCUGAGGAUCAGAUGGCACAGAUAAGAAUCCUGGUCUGGCUUUCCAUCAUUAGAACUGGGAUCCUGUUGUUGUUUGUAAUAGUAUGUCUUUUGAUUUACUUCGGUAAGACCACAAAAGGUAAUCAAUAGUCAAUGGACUGGCUCUUGUGCCUCAAGACUUGGACUUGACUCAAAUCUAUGUUUAAGUUAUGUUAUAUUUUAUAAGACAGAAAAAUUAUCACACAUGCCUUACAAUUAAUACAAAUUUAAGAUUCACUUUUUUUUUCUAUAACAUUUUUUUUCUGAAUAAAAUUAACUCUGAAAAAUCUGUCA